UUAAGCAAAUUCAACGUCAAUGUCUGUGCUGCUUUUUGUUACGGUGAAGAGGUAUACUUUUGCUCUAUCUUGCAGUUUGAAGAUGUGGUAUAUAGAAUGAGGAAUAGCCAAGCUUCCUCUGCCAAUCCUGUGAAGGCAGUACUGUCAAAGGUAGCGUCACAGCUGAACUUGGAGCAAGAUAAUUGCAAGAAAAUCUUGAAGGGUAUAACAGGAAGCAUUGGCCCCGGUGAAAUCCUUGAUCUAAUGGGUCCUUUUGGUAGUGGUAAAACAACCCAGCUAAAGAUAAUAGGAGGAAGAUUAACAGAUACAAUUAAAGGAAGCAUCACUUACAAUGAUAUUCCUUGUAAUGCAGCCCUUAAGAGAAGGAUUGGAUUGACACGGGAUGAUGUGCUAUUCCCACAACUUACAGUGGAUGAAACUUUGGUCUUCGCUGCAUUUUUGAGACUUCCUGGAAACAUGAGUCAACAACAGAAAUAUGCCAGGGUAGAGGUCAUUGUAUAGGAGCUAGGCCGUGAAAGGUAUGUACUUGAUUGAUCAUGAACAACGGAUAACGUGAUACUCUAAAUGAUGGCUAUUUGAU